AUGUCUGGACGAGGAAAAGGUGGUAAAGGUCUAGGAAAGGGCGGUGCCAAACGUCACAGGAAGAUUCUUCGUGACAACAUCCAAGGAAUCACCAAGCCUGCUAUCCGUCGUCUUGCACGAAGAGGUGGUGUCAAACGUAUCUCUGGUCUGAUCUACGAAGAAACUCGUGGUGUCCUCAAAGUCUUUUUAGAAAACGUCAUCAGGGAUGCAGUAACAUACACUGAACACGCCAAACGUAAAACCGUCACAUCAUUGGAUGUUGUCUAUGCACUCAAAAGACAAGGAAGAACUCUAUACGGAUUCGGUGGAUCGUUUGGAGCGACUAGUUGCACUGUAACGGGAAGCCGAGUGGGAUGCACUUCUGUACCUGCAGAUGGAGCUUGUGUCUGUGAUUGUUGCGCUGGAAGCAACACUUGUGCUCAAUUGUUUUCGGGAUGCUCGAGCAAUGCUACAAAAGCCGCGGGAUACUCGGGGCUGACACCGUCAGGCCCAUAUAUUUGGACAUCUGGUGUUGCUAUUUUCCCAAUAAUGAUAGCCGCCCCAGGCUCGCCGACUGGUAAUCUGCUUGCCAGUGCUCCGUGCAUCAGUCCUGAUCUUCCAACUGGACUGUCAUUCGUUUUCAACGCAUCAGUUCAGUCUUAUCAGAUACAAGGGACACCACAGGCAUCAGUUGCAAUAGCUUCAUAUUCCAUAAUUCUCAUACAUACGAGCGAUGUAUUAUCAGCCAUCACAGCUCAAGCACAGGUGCUAGCUGGUACUGGUAUACCUUCACCGUCAGCUUCAAUUGCAGUAUCACCUAGUUUAGUUGCAUCGCCGUCUGGAUCGCCUACAAGGAGUCAAACGCUACCGGCAGCUUCUCCUUCAGCAAGUGGUUUGCCAUUACCUUCGACGUCAUCAUCUUCGACACCUCUGGCUAGUAGUUCUGGCAGCAAUGUACCGAUUGGAGCUGUCAUAGGCGGUGUCUUAGCAGCAAUAGUGGCGGUAAUAAUAGCUGGUAUUUUAUGUCUAGUCUUUGGCCGUCGAAAUGGUCUGAUGGCCGCAACAGGAAACAGACCGUCCGGAGGGGGACGAAGUGGAUAUCGUCCACCAGUUGGUAAAGUCAUGGUACCAUCAGAUGUAGAGCUCGAUGGAUACGCCAACCCCAUAUAUGCAAUGCCGCAAACAUUCCCAAACACAAAUCAUAAUAAUAAUGGAAACAUGUCUAGGCAACGCCCCGCGUCAGUCGUCACAGCUCCUUUAUUAUCAGAUUCAGAGGGUGGUAGUAGCAGCGGGUAUUCAACACAACCUCAACCGCUAAGACGCGUAGGACACUAUUCCACUGCACCGAGAGUUGCUGGUGGGACUCAAAAUGUGCAGCCUCAACCUAUACAGUAUGCUACACAACCACGGGUGAAUACGCAGCAGCAGAAUCUGGGUGUUGGAUCGUCGCAACAACCGUUGUCUGCUGUAUCAGAUGCACCCCCACCGGCGUAUCAAGCUACACAGAAAGGGCCUAGUAAUACGCAAGUAUUAGCGGGCGAAACUUUGAUGGUGUGUGCGCUGGCUUAUACGCCCAGACGUGAUGAUGAAAUGGAACUGGCGGUGAACGAUCGUGUGACGGUUGUAGAGCAAUAUGGAGAUGGCUGGAGCUAUGGUAUAAACCAACGUACAGGCAAACAAGGCUUCCUACCUAUGAACGCCAUGGUUCCUGCUGUAUCAACUGCUGCUGUGAACUCUGUACAAGGAAUCACAUAUUCUAACAAAGCGCUGUACACAAACACUGCAACUGGAACUGCUAUGCCUGAUGUGAGAGAUCAUACCUGUGGAGUUGACCCAGACGGUGCUGGGAAGGUUGCGUACUGUUUUGGCGGUACGAGCACUGGACAACUGCCAGAUAGACCAGUAUACGCAGCUGGAUCAUUAUGGGCUUUACGUUUCGAUGUAGCCACUUCGCCUAGUGGUAUAUGGACCCAGCAAGCGUUAACGGGUGUUGCUGAUGUCCUUGUCGGUCGUGGAAUGCAUAGUAUGACGUUUUUGAGUAGCAGGAUAUAUGUCUUCGGUGGCAAAGACUCCAACGGAACAGCAAUAGCAGGCAACGGCCAAUUCAUAACCAUAAACCCAACCACACUUGCAACAACAACAGUUGGAGCAAGCGGUACAGCGCCAACCGCACGAUACGAUCACUGUGCAGUGCGUAUCGGGUCCACAUCCAUGAUGGUGUUAUUCGGUACAUCGAAACUCAACGCAGCAUCUGCAACAACCCCCACAAACGCCUUAAACGACGCAUACAUAUACGACGCAACCGCGAACUCAUGGUCCAAGGUCGCAUAUACAGGAACAACGCAGCCAAGUGUGCGAUCUGGCGCACGAUGUGCGUUUUUGAAUAACAAGAUAUACGUGUUUGGAGGACAGACGGAUUCCAACAACGUGUUGGGUGACACGUGGUAUUUAGAUCUAUCUAGUAAUGCAUGGACGCAGGUAGUAGCUACCAAUGCGCCAUAUGCACGGGUUGGGCAUGCCGGUGCUGCUGUUGGAGUGUGGAUGGCGGUUUAUGGAGGGAAUCCAGCUGCUACUGCUACAAACGGGGAUACCAAUAUCCAUUUCUUGGAUGCUAGAACUAAUGCAUGGCAAGCUGUCGCGCCGAACUUUACUGUGUCUGGAGCACUUGUAACUUUCCCGUCGCUGACACCGUCACCCGGAUUGUUGAUUUCGUCGCCGUAUGCAUCUGCAACGGCUGUAGCAGCUGCAGCAUCAACAUCUGGUAGUGGGUUAAGCACGGCUACGAUUAUUGGGGCUGCUGUAUCGGGUGCUGUUGUACUAGCAGCUAUUGUAGCCGCCAUGGCAUAUGCCUUCUACCGACUCCGUAAACUACGAGGAUCAGAUGAGGAUGUUAGACGGGACUCUAAAAUCGGUGGUGUAAAUCAGUGGCGCGAAUCCGUACGUCCAUCGUUUGGUGGUACAUCGACAAUGUCUGAACGUGGUGGUGGAGGAGGAACAUAUAGUAGAGAUAGUGAUUUCUCCGCUUCCCUACUUGGUAAAGCAGCACCGCCAUUACCACCUGCCAGAUCAGCAAACCCGACUAGGACGACCGCAUUGGGGAAUACACCACCUUCUCUUGUAGCUAUUAAUCCUAUGAUGGGCGGCGCUGGCGCUGCACCAUCAUUCCAGCAGCAGCAACAGCAGAAUAGGGAUCAGCUAUUCCAACAGAAUAGAGACAUGUUAUUCCAGCAGCAGCAGCAAAAUCAACAAUACCAGCAUCACGUCAUGCCACCUCAACAACAGCCAGCCUUCCAGCAGCAGCAACAAUUGCUGUCUCCCCAACAACAGCACGAAGCACUACGAGAGCAACAACAACGAGAACUGCAACUGCAGCAAGAAAAAGUAUUACAGCAGCAACGUGAGCAGCAGCAACGUGAACAGCUCCAGCGUGAGCAACAACAACAGGUUUUCCUAGCGCACCAACAACCACCUUCCUCACACCACAUCGUCCCGCAGCAACCCUUCAUAAUCGCCCCACCACCACAACUAAUGCAACGCCCUAUAGCACCCGAGCCGCCCACAAACACCAAUAUAAAUAACACACCAUUAGGUAUCCCCUCAUAUCUCCGUCCAAUCUCAACCGCAACAACAAUCACAUCGCUCGGUGGAUCGUCUGCGACUUCGGUAGAUGAUCGGGGCGGUGCGUCUGCUUUGCGGCAGGAGUUGUCACAUGUUUAUGAUAUGGCUGCUUUGGACGUGAAUACUAGUGGUGGUAAUAAUAGUAGUAAGAUAAUGAGACCGGAUAGUCAGGCAACGUCGAUCGCAACUGCAUCGCGGCCGGUUAGUUUUGGAAGUACGGCUGAUGAGCGGCCGACUCAUAGUGCUAUUGCACAGUAUGCACCUACGAUGGAGGACGAGCUGGCUUUGGAAGUUGGGGAUUUGGUCGUUUUGACGGCUGUAUUCGAUGACGGAUGGGGUGUCGCUGUAAACCAACGGACGUCGCGCGUUGGGACAGUACCCGUCAACUAUCUCGCUCCGUUGCCAAAGUAG